CGCGUGGCUCCGGCUGCGCAGGAACAGCUGGUGCCUCCGAGGGCGGCCGGCGAGCGCGCGGGCGUGGGGCGCUGGGGGGCCGGCCGGGCAGCGCUGCGGGAGCAGCCGCCGCCGCCGCCUUGCACCAUCAUGUCUGGGCAGCUCGAGCGUUGCGAGCGCGAAUGGCACGAGCUGGAGGGAGAAUUUCAAGAACUGCAGGAGACGCACAGGAUCUACAAGCAGAAGCUGGAGGAGCUGGCUGCGCUGCAGACGCUGUGUAGCAGUUCCAUCAGUAAGCAGAAGAAGCACCUCAAGGACUUGAAGCUCACACUCCAGAGGUGCAAACGCCAUACCAGUCAGGAGGAGGCGGAGCUUGUUCAGCAGAUGGCGGCAAAUAUCAAGGAGCGGCAGGACAUCUUCUUCGACAUGGAGGCCUACCUGCCCAAGAAGAACGGGCUCUACUUGAACCUGGUCCUCGGCAAUGUGAAUGUGACUCUCCUCAGCAACCAGGCCAAGUUUGCCUACAAGGACGAGUAUGAGAAGUUCAAGCUCUACCUGACCAUCAUCCUGCUCCUGGGUGCUGUGGCGUGUCGAUUUGUCCUUCACUACAGGGUGACUGAUGAAGUCUUCAACUUCCUGCUGGUGUGGUAUUACUGCACCCUGACCAUUCGGGAGAGUAUUCUCAUCAGCAACGGCUCAAGAAUUAAAGGCUGGUGGGUGUCUCACCACUACGUGUCCACGUUCCUGUCCGGAGUGAUGCUGACCUGGCCUAAUGGACCCAUUUAUCAGAAGUUUCGCAACCAGUUCUUAGCAUUUUCCAUUUUUCAGAUAAAAGACCCACCAGCCUUCUCUUGGGGCAGAGAGGAGGUGUUGCCCUGUCUUCUGGGGACACCAUGCCCUGAGCCCGGGCGCUGUGCUCCCCCUGCAGGCUGUGUACAGUUCCUGCAAUAUUAUUACCAGAGGGGCUGCCUCUACCGGCUGCGGGCCCUGGGGGAGAGGAACCACCUGGAUCUCACAGUGGAAGGGUUCCAGUCCUGGAUGUGGCGGGGCCUCACCUUUCUCCUGCCCUUCCUCUUCUGUGGCCAUUUCUGGCAGCUCUACAAUGCCGUCACGCUGUUUGAGCUCUCCAGCCACGAGGAAUGCAGAGAAUGGCAGGUGUUCGUGCUGGCGCUCACCUUCCUCAUCCUCUUCCUCGGCAACUUCCUGACCACGCUCAAAGUCGUGCAUGCCAAGCUCCAGAAGAACAGAGGCAAGACAAAGCAGCCGUGAGCCUCAGGCUCCCGUGCCCUCGGCCCAGACUUCAGACUGCAGGGGGAUCUGGGCUUCUUCCCAGUCGCCAUCUCAGGCAUGUGGCGUCGCUGGGAGAGGGCCCAGGCCCUGGUCCCCCAACGGACCCCAGCGGACUAGGGGAAUGUGAGCUCCACCUGUCCACCCACCUAUUUAUGACAUAUUUAAUGCUGGGUCCCCCAUCGUCCCUGGAACCUGAGGCCUCCCCCCUGUGCUUGAAGGUGGCCGAGGCCAGGCCAGUCUUCCUGGGGAUGGGGCCUGAAGCCUCAGGGAGCCCCUCUGUUCCCACUCCUGUCAUUUGAACCCCUCUGGGUGGGGUUUGGAUGUGCCUCGCGGGGUUGGAUUUAUGCUGACCUGCUACUUACCAGGCCCAGGCUGGGGUGGUGUGAACCCUCAGUGUCCUGUGGCGCCCCCACCCCGGGGCCACUCUGCUUCUGCUGUGAGCCCCCUCCUCGCCCACCCCGCCGAGUGGAGAGGGUUAUUUAAGUUCUCAGAGA